CCUCACGCCACCGCACCGAGUAAAAUCGAUCUCGAUGGCCACAUUCACACCGGAUGAAAUCGAUUUCGUCCGCCAGAAUGGCAACGAUGCCUGCCAGAGGACCUGGCUGGGGCUUUGGGAUCCGAAACGAGCCAUCAAACAGGAGCAUCGAGAUUUUAUGAUUGACAAAUACGAACGCAAAAGAUACUACCUAGAACCAGCUAGUCCUCUGAAGUCACUUCCAGCCAACACAACCAACUCGACAAACUCGCUCGCCUCCAGCAAUGGCAUCAGUGGUAGUAAUGGCAACAUAAGCAGUAUCAAAAAUGGCACCGACAACCUAGUGCCUCUGAAAACGGUAACCCUGACGCCGCCAACAUCCCUUCGACUGAGCAGGACAAACUCAAACUCCAGUAACGGACUUCACAGCACCUCCAGCAGCAAUGGGUCAUCGUCGGUCACGAAUUCCAGUACAAAUCUCAAAUUCCAGCAACAGUUUACCCCGGACGAUAGCAACUUCUUCAGUGAACCUCCCAGAAUCUUGCCACCGACACCUCAGAAGCACUCGGAUCAUCAUCACCAAAGGCUGAAUGGCACUUUCGAGCGAAGCCAAAAGAAUGGACUACUGACCAGUAUAAGCAACGCUAAUAGUAAUGCCAACAAAUUCACACCUGACUCGGACUUUGUGGCCGACUUCAGUAAUGCCAACAUUGUCGCCGUAAACGGAACAGCCACCGUGAGCAACAAUAACAACAACAACAACGUUGGACCGGUGAAUGGACUGAAGAACAACAGUAAUCACAAGUUGAUCAAUAGGUAUAACGAGAACAACGGCAAUCUGUCCAAUGGCCAUCGGAGUAGCAACGGAUCGACGAGCAGUGGCAGUGAGAUGAUGGAGAACUUUGCAGAUUUCGAGCACAGCACAAUUUACAACGCGGCAGAGCACACGAGUGUUCCUUUUUGUAGUCCGGACGGUAAAAGUAGCAAACAUAUGGAUAGUACUAGCAGCAGCAGUACAACAAGUGUCAACAGCAUACCAAAUGACCUAUUCAUCAACAACUACAGUCUGCUAAACAACAAUACUACUACUAAUAGUAAUAAUAACAAUAAUAGUUGCAUCGUUGGCGGAGGAGGAGGUGUUGGAGGUUUCUCGGAUCAAACUAAAUUUAGUAGUCUAACUCACUUAAACGGCUACAAUGGAACUUAUCAGACCAAUCCGGCCAACAGUCCGAUGCACUAUGGAUCGUCCAACAAUGGCUACAGCUACUUUGCUAGCUACCACCCCAAUCCAAAUAUAAUCGGGCACAGUGGGAGUUGUAGUCUUAACUUUCCCACCCACGCCAACACCAACUACGGUAGUAGCUCAACUAACAGUAGUGCCAUCAACAGUAACGUCCAGUGGAAUCUGUGGCAGCAGUUUAGUCCAACGUGGCCACCACCCGGCGACCAAAAGCCACAACAUCAACUGACCAGUAGUGCUGUCGGUGGAAUGAACUACAAUAACGUCAUCCCAACAAGUCAAUCAGUAGUAGCACCGAAUUUGGUGACACAGAAGCAAUUUCAGCAGCUUCCCAGCAUCAACAGUCCAAAUCGAUGGUGUCUUCCAGUCUCUGUCUCUGCCAGUCCCAAAGCAGCACACGGUACCAGCUCAGCGACGCCGUCCGUUGAUAGAUAUGCCGCCUUGAAAGAUCUGGAUGAUCAGUUCCGGGAAAUCAAACUGGAAGCCGAAGCCAACGUCACAAACAACAACAAUAUCGGCGCCACCAACGGCCAUGGGCAUGGUAUGAAUGGCAUGAGUAAUGGGCACAUCAAUGGAAACCACAGCACAACUGAAGUUCAUCAAGCAUCCGCGGCCAAUCCCUUCAAGACGGCAAAUCCGUUCCAGCAGCAGAAUAGUCAACCAGCAGCUCAAACGAUGAGCUGGGCCAUUCCCGGGGCAAACGGAACGACGACGGCGACGUCCAACGGUUUCUAUGCUACCUCGCCGUAUCAGAAUGGGUUCGUGUAUCCCGCAGCCUCGGCCAGUUUACUCAAUGGAAACCUACCGUCGAACGGAUCGGUUAGCUUCGGAAAUGGCGGCUUCCACAGUAGCAGCAGUAGUAGCAGUAGCAGUACGGGUGCAUUUGGAAGCCAAGUAGCGCCAGGAAUGUCACAGUACGGCGGUUUGUCUAACGGGAUCCAUCAGCCACUAAACAACUUUGGGCAUUUUGGAAAUCCUUUUAUGGCGGCCGGUGCAACGACGGGAUCAUCAAAGUCCAACAACCCUUUCUUAUGAGUACACUCCUAAGCUCUGCGAUAGAAAAGAUCGACUUUCGUAUCGAUUCCCGAUCGUUGUAAAAAGUGAAUAUGAAAAGGGAAAAAUGCCGCAUGCUGCAAGCAAGUAGGAGUACCUAGAUAUCUAAUUCAAGUGUACGGUAGGAUUUCAAAUAGUUAUGACUAGAACGUCCAAUGGAAGAUAGAUAAAUUAUAUGUAUACAGACACACGCAAGAGCACACGUGACCCUGAUCACCGCAUAGCCACGUGGCGUUCGUGAAUUUUUAAUCCGCAACAGAUGGAUUUCAUCAAAAGUGAAAGAAGAGGAAACAAAACCUAAAAGUUAUGCUUAGGUUUUAUCGACGAUGAAAACCAUUGCCGCAAAUGCUACUCUGAAAUGGAUAAUGAAAAGCAUUUUUGUUUUUAUUCUGUUAGAAGGUACAAGUAAGAAGCUGGAAUUAAAGCACGUGUUUCGAAUGUGUGUAUUUACGUCGAUAAAAAAUCUGAUUCCCGAAACGUUUGCUGCGAGGCUGGGAAACUAAUGCACGAGAAUCGACCGAAGUGAGAAGGAUUGACGAAAAAAGAUGUUGUAAUUCGGGUUUUCCCUCAAGCAAAUAAUAAAUCUGUUGAGCUGGAUUGUGAUUAAUGAGGAAGUGUAGAGUAGGAACGCCGAAAUCGUUGGGAGAAAAAAAAAAUAUAUAAGAAAAUCACUAGAGUAUUGCCAAUGUGCCGAAAUUUCAAGUGAUAAAUUCCAUUACAAUAACAUUGAUUUGUAUAUAGGGAGAAUGUGUAUAUUCUUUAACUUUUUUUAAAAAACCAUAACUUUUACUCGUUGUGCGUGGAUGUAUUAUUUUUUAUUCGAUGUUCUUGAAAUCGGGCAAAAGGUUGGCUGCAAAAGAGAAUCUCAUUUUAAAUGAAUGCUGUUAAGGACUUAAGGUUUGCAAUAAAACUAAAAAGAUCAUAA